GUCAAGCUGGUGUUCGGUGUCAGAACUGCAGGCUGAACAGCCGCACGCACUCAAUCAGCGCAACCUAAGAAAGAGGGACUGCGCCGCCGACAAAGAGGACACAUUAGAGUGACCUUGAACUUGGGACCAGCUGACCCUGCAGUGACCCAUCAGACAGAUACCAGCAAACCAUGAACAGCAACUAUAGCGUGACCCUAGUGGGCCCUGCUCCUUGGGGCUUCAGACUACAGGGUGGAAAGGACUUCAGCAUGCCCCUCACCAUCUCCAGGUUGACAGAUGGUGGAAAAGCAGCAAAUGCACACAUUUCUGUGGGAGAUGUGGUCCUGUCGAUUGAUGGCAUCCCCACCGCUGGCAUGAACCACCUGGAGGCCCAAAAUAAGAUCAAGGCCUGCACCGGCAACCUCAGCCUCACCCUUCAGAAAGCCUCCAACGCUGCUGCAGUCCCAAAAGAGGAGCCCCCAGAGAUCAUUAAACCUGUACCCAUUGCCCACCCUACUCCACCCACUACGUCAGCCAGCCCCGCCCCCAGUUCCGCCUAUAACAAGACCGCUCGGCCUUUUGGUGGAGGCAGUAGCGCGGGCGUGGUCACCACCUCUUCCUCCACACCGGCACCCAAAGUACCAUCCAUCCCAUCAGCGUCCUCUGCUUUCACCCCUGCCAGCUCCACCCACACCCCUCCCACCAAGCAGCCCCAGCCUCCCUUCCCUAUAGGCUCUGCCCGCUCACAGGCCUCGGCCUCGGCCUCGGCAUCGGCCACACCCACACCCACCCCCGCCCCCACCUCUACCCCCAAACCCAGCCCUGUGCGCUCUGCCUGCCCUCCGUCCUCCUCCUCCCCUGUCAGAGUGACAGGGUCCCCCUCCGCCCCACAGCCCUCUGUCUAUAACACCCCCAUCAACCUCUACUCCAAUGAGAAUGCCUGUGAGGUCGCCAUGGGCCAGAGGCGGGGCCUACUCGAGAACCUAGGCGGAGCCAGUCAGCAAAAUGGGUCACCCCGUAAAGCUGUGGUGGACACAGACAUGGAGCCCCAGCAUGGUGCUUCCCUCGGGGAUGCCAGUAAGAAGCGUCUGAUCGAGGACACGGAGGACUGGCACCCCCGCACCGGCACAACCCAGUCCCGCUCCUUCCGCAUCCUGGCUCAGAUAACUGGCACUGAGCACCAGCAAGACCAGGAGAGCAAUGUAGGGAAGAAUGAGGUGGAGGAGGUUCAGCCCAAAGCUCAUGUUACGUCCGCUGUGAAGACCAUGACCAAAGCCCCUGCCGGUGCCCCCCGAAAUGGCAGCGCCGCCCCGUUCAAGCCCCCCUCUGCUCCGGGACAGUCUGCAGCCAAGCAGACAGGCUAUCCAGCAGGAGGCUCUGGCUUGUCCAAAGGAGGUCCUCAAAAGGGUGCUGUUGCUCCCUCUUUCGGUCGGGUGAGCAACAGUGCCCCACAGCGUCCUGGUUCGGAACGCCCUGCGCCCCAACUGCACCCAAUGGACCAGGACUCUCUGGUGCAGCGUGCCGAGCACAUCCCAGCUGGAACACGAACCCCCAUGUGUGGCCAUUGCCACAAGGUUAUCAGGGGCCCCUUCCUGGUGGCCAUGGGGAAGUCGUGGCACCCGGAGGAGUUUAACUGCGCACACUGCCACACUUCCCUGGCAGAUGUGGGGUUUGUGGAGGAGCGCGGCUCGGUGUACUGUGAACACUGCUACGAGGAGUUCUUCGCUCCUCUGUGUGGCCACUGCCAGCACAAGAUCCUGGGGGAAGUGAUCAAUGCGCUGAAACAGACUUGGCAUGUGAACUGCUUCCUGUGUGCUUCCUGCAAGCAGCCCAUCCGGAACAAUACCUUCCACCUGGAGGACGGUCAGCCCUACUGUGAGAGAGACUAUUAUAAUCUAUUUGGCACAAAUUGUCAUGGAUGUGACUUCCCCAUUGAAGCGGGGGACAAGUUUCUUGAGGCUUUGGGAUAUACCUGGCAUGACACCUGCUUUGUGUGUGCGGUUUGCAACACCAGUCUGCAAGGUCAGGCAUUUUUCUCCAAAAAGGACAAACCCCUGUGCAAGAAACAUGCACACACUGUCAAAAUCUGACGCUUCCAAGAAAGAGGAGAGGAAGAUGGGGUUGAAAAGAAGAGAACAGUCCCUACUCUGUCAGCUGUUAACAAUUGCGUAAAAGAUUGAUAUCUGAUCUUCCAGAGUUUAGUAAGCGGACAUAUGUGGUUAUGGGGUUUUGCUUUUAUCUUUCCUGCUCUUUGCCUAUUCUGGUGUACAAUGUUGUGGGUUACUGUGCAAAUAAGGGAAUGAUGCAGUUGGUUCCUUGAUAGAUUUGCUCUUGAAGAAGAAAGUUUUGUGUAGAGACCUAGUGGAAAAUUCCAUUUGCUUCUCAAAUUCAUGUUUCACCCUCAGAGUGCAUAUUGUGGGAACAAUAAGGUCCUAAAAGCUAAAUCCAUGAAGCAGUUAUUACACAGUAAUAAAAUCUCUCUCUGAAGUGGAUUAGGAGUGACCUGCCAGUUUGAUUUCCCAUGUGCUUCAGGAUAGGAGAGAUUGGUCCCAUAUUACGCCUGCGGGAUAUUGUUGUGUUUUUGAGAAAACCACCAAAAUAAUGGUCAAAUGGAUGCAUCCCAAUUUGUUUGAACUCCCAUUUUAAAAAGGUUUUUCAGCACUAUGGGAACCUGAUAGAGGGGGCGAGAGGAGUGGUGAGUUCAAGGAAAGGACUCUGUUGGGUUAAACCAUGUUUUCAUGAAUGAUGUUACAGAUUUGUGGGAAGUGGGAAACCCAAAUCACAAUAUGGAAGCCUUUUAAGAUUAAAUAAUAAUACUGUUACUGGUUGCCUUAAUUGAUUUAGAGUCAUUUUUAGAUUUCAGACACUUUUCAUCUGGAGCAUGAUGCAAAUCAGGGAUUGUUGCAAAAUCCACAGCAAUGAUGGAAUGAUGUUUUUAGGGACCACAAACCAAGUGUUUUUUUAUAUAUACGAUUUUUGAAAAAUAUUUUGUUUUAAACCAAACCAUUUCAAAUGAAUCUGUAGUUUUGGUUGUCAAAAACUACAAUGAAAGGAAUGCAUUGAAAGGAAGCAAAGCGUCAGAAGUUAUCUGCUGAGAGGUCCAUGAGAGUGAUGGAAUGAUGCUCCAGACCUAAGUUUGAUCACAGACUAUAAAUGUAGAAGAUAUAAUUGUACCAUAGGGAUCAUAGGAAUCAAACGUGUUCUAGGGCAGCAUGUGCCAUUUUUUAUCACUUCAGUCUAGUUUCCUGUUUCUCGCUUGCUGAUAUUCACUGCAGCUGGGCCUUUAAACAGAGAUGUAUUUAUCCUGUCAUAUUUAUUGAGGCUUAAGGGGCAUAUUUGGGGUUCUGGUUUGGGGUUAGCUGGUAUGGUUUGCUGCACUGAUACAAGAGAGUACUGUUUUCAUCAGCUGUUAACUGUUUAUUGUUUUAUUUGUUGAUGUUUUGUUUCGCAGGGGAGUUUCCCUAUUAGUUGCAAAUCAAAACAUCACAUAGCUUUUAGCAUGUUUGCUUUUGCUGCUACUGACUGGUACAUGGGACCUUUAUUACUGAAGGUUACUGUGCUGUCCCCUAUCAAAAGAGAACAUAUAAAAACAAUUUGUCCUUGUUCAAAUAAGUUGUUUUUUUUCUGUUUAAUACAACAUGUUUUUGUCCAGUAUAGCAUGAAAGUUACACUGGAGUAUUUAUAAGAAAGGUAAUAUUUAUAGGAAAAUGCAUUUCUUUAAGAAGAAAAUAAACCAACCCACUGUAGGGUACAGUGGGGACUUGGCAAUUCAGAAUAAUUACAUAUGAAUUUUAUUCACUAUUACUGAGGAAAAGCGUGCACAUUUUGCAGAACAGAGGUUGUUCUAACAAAAAGGAAUAUGUUUGUGUUAUGUUUCCAGUGCCUGCUCUUUCAGUUUAGUAACUAGUUUUGAUAUGGAGAUAUGUGUGUCUGUGUGCCUGCAUUAGCCCAGGUACAUCUGUCAGUAUUUUUCUCUGUCAUUAAGCAGAGUGUUUUUUUCCCCAAACAGAUCCUGGGCAUUGGUGUUUUGUUUCACUUUUCAGCAUAACAGCCCUGGGUUCUGAAUUUUCUCACAAUCCACGCACGAGCGCACAUGUUGUGACUUAUAGUGAAGUGAUUUUCAUGAAAAUGACAUUUAUGGACAAGUGAUCUUUUCUGCUUUUUUCAUAUAAAUGUUGCUGGAGGGAUUGGUUCUGUGCACAA